AGUGUAACCUGGACCAUUGUCCUUUAGUGUUAAUCUUAUUUAACCUCCCGAGUUUGUCCUUGAUUGCCCAGGAGAAGACUGAAGUUACUGGAGAAUACUUGCCAUUUUUGAUCGGUUCACACAGGAUAACCCUUCUCACAUCCAAUGAUCCAACCUAGGAUUUGAUCCCUGGAUGCUGUGGUGGGAGGCAAAUAUACUACAGGUACUACAAUACCACUGUACUGUACCACCAACACCCAUAUCUGGUUUUAGCAAGAUGGACCACUGAGCAAUGUACUGCCAAUUUGAGUACAAGGAAGUUGUCGACAACUGGAAGUGAGAAUGGCAUCGUUAGCAUCAGGACAGCGCUACGAUCUGGUAGUCUUCGGAGCGACGGGCUUCACCGGGCAAUAUGUGGUGGAGGAAGUGUCUCGCGUUGCCCAGCAGGAAGGAACAGAGAGAAAAAUCCCGCUAUCCUGGGCUGUAGCUGGGCGGUCCAAAGACAAACUGAUGAAGACCCUGGCAGCGGCAACCAAAGAAACUGGUUUGAACUUGGAGGAAGUGGGAGUAAUUCUGGCUGAUACAUCUGACCAAGAGUCCCUCAAUAAGAUGGCCUCUCAGUCCAAUGUCGUGAUAAAUUGUGUGGGACCAUAUCAGCUGUACGGUGAGCCGGUGGUGCGGGCUUGUGUGGAAGCUGGAGCCAAUCAUGUGGACAUCUCUGGUGAACCACAGUUCUUGGAGAGAAUGCAGUUGAAAUACAAUAAGGCAGCAGAAGAAGCAGGAGUUCACAUUGUUGGUGCUUGUGGCUAUGACUCCAUUCCCGCAGAAAUGGGACUAGUACACAUGGCCAAGAACUUCAAAGGAGAACUUAAUUCUGCAGAAAUGUUUGUUACCGUCAAAGGUAAGGGUGCAGUUCACACAGGCACCUUGGAGUCGGCAGCCCUUGCCGUUGCAAAUCAGAAUGAGAUUGCAAGAAUCCGGCAAGAGCUUUUUUCAGAAUCAUUGCCAAAACCCAAACAUAAGAUUACGAAGAAAGGGGCUCUUCACAAGAAUGAUAAGUUAGGACUGUGGGGAGUGCCUUUACCCACAGACGAGCCAGUGGUGUAUCGAACACAGAGAUACUGGUAUGAUGUGCUCAAAAAACGCCCCAUCCAGUUUCAACAGUUCAUUGGUAUCCGUAGUUUCUUCCAAGGUGUUGGAACAUUGUUGGGCUUGGCUUACUUUGCACUACUGUGUUAUUUCUCCUGGACCAGGCAUCUUCUUCUCAAGUACCCAGAGGUGCUGACUGCCGGUAUGUUCAGACGUGCUGGCGCUGACCGAGAGGAACUGAGGCGAAUGAAGUUCACUGCCACAUUGAUUGGUCAUGGAUGGUCACAGCCCCUGGCAGAGGGAUGUGACCAGCAUGUAGAAGCUCCAGAUUCUUCCAUUGUUGUUAAGGUAACUGGGCCAGAUCCUGGGUAUGGAGCCACAUCCCUGAUGCUAGUCUCAUCUGCCAUGAGCAUACUGCGGGAAAAGAACCUCUGCACCGGCAAAGGAGGAGUCAUGACGCCAGGAGCUGCAUUUGCCAACACCAAGCUUAUUGAACUCAUGGUUGAUCGUGGCAUGACUUUCACAGCCCUGCCAGAGUGAUGACCAUUGAUUAUUGUACUCAAGAGUGGCCUUCCUUGUGUAUCUUAUAUUUUAUGGAAGUCAGACAUAUACCAUAGCACAAAGGAGGGAAUAUUGUAUAUAUAUGUCUGGGAGCAGAAGUUUUACCUAUUUACUUACACAUCUGUUAAGAAAGAAAGUGUUUUACUUGUUUGUUAUUAAAACUUAUGUAUAUCA